GGAAGGUUCUUUGGUUGUGAAACAACAAAAGUAGCUGCUUUCCAUUUAGUUUAAGGCUAGAAAGAAAGUGGAUAUAUAAUUGAAGCUUAUCCAUCUGAAUCUUGGUAAAACUUUCAGGUAUAUAUGGAUGUGAGAUAUAUAAAGGUUUUCUUGAAGUUUUGAAUCAUAGAACAAAAUAACCAUUUCUUUUUACUGCUUGUACUUAAGGGGGGGGGGGGGUGGGUUUUUUUAUUUUUUUAUUUUUCAAAACUCUUUUUCAUGCAAAUUGGAGGGGGGAAAUGCCAUGUGGUAAGCUCAGAGAUCUGCACAUGGCUUUCUCAAAUUUCUAAGUAUUUGAAACAGUAGUAGGAGAGUGAGGAAGCUGUAGUUUUUUAGUAUUUCAAGAGAAUCAGUUACAGAGGAAGACCACUAGAUUGGUGUUUAAAAAAAAACAAAUAAAUAACACUUCUCUAGGUAUAGUUGGGAAAUGUGAGUCAAUGAAGAGGGAAACAGCCCAGCAAUUCAAUUCCUUGUUUGAAAAAUUCUCAUUAUUUAAACCUGCAUAGUCUAUUCUCAUCUUCCAUUUUUAUCUUCUUGUUUUGGUAGUUUUCCCUUCAUUUACUGCCUCUUUUACUAUGUUUUUUUGCAUUUCACAGCUGAAAAAACUAUGCUGUAUUUGCUAUCUUGAUCUAAGUUUCACUAUCUACUCUGUUCAAUCAUCUUGUUAAUGUCUAAGUUUCUUGUAUUCAUUACUACAUUCAUAAAAAUCACAGCUUUUUCAAGAAAAGAGAAGAAAGUUCCAAUCUUUUUCUUUGCCUUUAUCCAAUAAACUUUUACAAGUGUCACCUUAUUGGAUAUUAUAACUUUCCUACUUUUCCUUUUGUUUCCCUUAUUUGUAUUGUUAAAAUCUUGAGAACUUCAUACCAAAAUGUCUUCUUCUAUGUCUCUACUCAGAAACUCAAUACCACUGAUUUCUAUUCUGGUUCCACCAUACUUGUUAUUUGCCAGUUUUUCAGGAUAUGGGGUUCUUUCUAUUUCUAUCACAACUUCAGUUUUAAUUGUAUCUACUUUAGCUUUCACAUUUUCAAAACAAAAGCAUAGUAUCCAAAAGAAAUCAGUCCAAGAAAUAGAACAACAAGAACAAGAAGCAGUUUCCAAGAGUCAGCUAGAGGAACAAACAUCUCAAGUUAACCAUAUUGUCUCAGACCAACAACCUCAAAAUGGAAACUUUGGACAAGUUGAGGAAGUUUUAGAAGUUCAAAAACCUGGAAAUGAAAAUGGGGUUGCUCAAAUUCUUGAUUUAUAUUCAGAAAGUUCAAGUCUUGGUAGGCAUUCAUCUUCAAGUGAAGAUUCUGAUAUUGAUUGGCCAUUCUCAGGUGAGCUAGAACACAGUCCAUUAUGUUCAGAUGGUUCAAUUUCUGAUGAGGAAAGUCUAAUUGAAAUAGCAUUACCAAGUGGCCAAUUUGUAAAAGAUCCUCCUAAGUUAUCUUUUCAGCAGUAUAACCAAAAGGUAUUUGCAGAUUUAGCCCCAAAAUCUAUCUUUCAACAACAUUGUCUUAUGGAUUUCUUGGCAGAUAUAAGUGAUGUGUAUGAAGAAGACAAUUUGAUUGAGAUUGAUAUAUCCAUUGGAUCCAUCAAAUGUUCUGGAUUUGAAAUUCCAGCAUAAGUUAGAAGGGGAGCUUUGGAGCAACGGUAAAGCCGUCUCCGUGUGACCUAUAGGUUACAGGUUCAAGCUGUGAAAGUAGCCACAAAUGCUUGCAUUACGAUUGGCUGUCUACGUCACACCCCUCGGAAUGCGAUUCUUCCCCGACCCUACGUGAACACAGAAUACUUUGUAUACCGGACAGCUGAUUUUAACUUAUUAAAUUAUCUUAUGCCUAGUUUUUUUAAGUUUUUUGAUCCUUAUGGAUUUUGUGCUUACUUUAAGAAUUAAGGCAAUAGGGUUUACAAGAAUAUAGGAGCCAAAAUUUACUUUUUCUUUUGUUGUGAAAAGUGAAGUUUGUGUUUGCUAUUACAUUGACUUUGACCCCACCUAAAAGAGACUUUGGAUACCAAUUAGAGCUGCAGUUGUAUUGUGGGUGGUCAUUUGUUUUCUCUUAAUGCACAUUAAAGUGUUAUUAAAAGUUUAAAAGGAUCUUAUUCCUAGGCCAUUAAUAAAUAAGAUUAUUCUAUUUGCAUU